AUGAAUCUAGGAGAUUUGUUUCGCGGAUACCGUCGUCGUAGCGAACCUCCAAUCCUCUUUAUAUUAAAACUUUUUAUAAUGAUUAUAUUUAUAGCUUGUUUGACAGCCUACCUCUCUUUUGUAAUAAAAGAUGUAAUUUUCGAUGCUCCAAUUAUCAAAACUUCUUUUAUUAAUUCUAUUUUUCGUCCUCCAAGAAAUGGAAGUUCAGAUCCUAGUUCAGAUCCUAAAAUGGUAGAUUGUAUGUCAGAUAUGACUCUCCCUGAUGUAAAAUAUGGGUCAAUACAAGUUUAUCUUGGAGCUUAUCAACCAUCACAAGAUAUUAUGUUUUAUAAUUUUAGUGAAUCAAAUAAUUUAUAUGGGUUAACGUCUAUAAUGAUAGACCUUAUCACUAAUGAUAGUAAUUAUACAUCCGAUGAAUUGUUCCAACCCUCAUUUGAAAUAAAUGCUUUUGAUUCAGAUUACGAUCCGUUUACUAAGUAUAUCAAGGAAAAGAAAUAUUAUGAAUUAGAGACUACUACUUCAGGUUCAAGUUUUGAUGAUACAAUUUCCACAAUGAACGCAUAUUAUUUAGUGACAAAUCAGUUAUACCAAUUUAUAUAUUCUCGUAAAAUUAAAGAGUUUAUAAUACCAAGUUGGAUAAAUGAUUUUGGUAUUAUUCCCCCUAGUUAUGAAACAAAGCCAUAUAUUGAAACUACUUUAUUGUCAAGUCCAUUACCAAUAAAUAAUAUAAUCAAUCCAAAUAGAGUAUCUAUUUCGAUACGUCCCAUAAGUCGUACCACUCAAGUAGAUAAAGAAUACCUAAAUGGUAUAGGUUUAGUAGGUGGUGCGUGGGGAUUAGCAACAGCGGCAUAUGCAUUGCUUUUUGGUGCGGACCAAUUACGACCAUGGGGAAUCGUACAAUCAUAUUGCUGCGGACUUUCUCGAUUAACAAGAAAAAGGUUUCAGAAAACCUUUCCAAUAAUUCCAUUUUUUGAUACAUCAUAUACAAAUACUAAAAAUCGUGAUUCUUCAAAUCACGAUCUUUCAUUAGCUGAGGAAAAUGAAUUGAGAAUUAAUAAUUUGGAAUUAUUUUUACGAGAAUAUGUUGUUGAUGUACAUUAUUUAGACGGUAUCCGGAAUAAAUUAGUUAAAUCUGGAGAGACUUCGAAUUCUGCAACUGACACUAUGAAUAAUCUUAAUAACCAAGCGAUACAAAUAUGAUAAUCCAAAUACGAAUUCAAUGUAUUCUACUACUGUACAGCAACAGAAAAGUUUAAUAACUACAGGUCCGCAAAUUUCACUCAAAAUUCAACGACAUCCAAUCACAGUCAAGUAGUACAGUUAAUGUUUCUGAUAUCCCUGUAAAAAUUUAAUCCGAAUAUUUCGUAUUUUCCGUAAAAGUUCCAUAAAAU